GCUCGUUUUCGGGAACCCGAUUCACAAAGCGAUUUUAGCGGUAAGUCUGGUUUAAACUAUGAAGUUAAGACUGUCGAACCUUGCGGGGAUCUGUGCCGUGGUUGUGGUCGAGAUAUUGCUUCCGUUGUAAGAUGUUCACGAUGUUUGUUUGAUCGCCAUUCUAGAAGUUGGUUAUAAAUAUGGCGGGAAAAUGGAGUAAGUACACGCACGUGCUUCUAAUGGUAGCGGUCUGGUCGUCUGCUGUCGUCUCCGAAAACACCAGUGAUUUACAAUACGCCCUCGAGGACCCAACCAGCAACGGGGAAAGCGAUCCGAAUGACGUCAAAUCCAACCUUGACCUUGCAACUUUUCAAAAUGGCGGGUACAGUAAUACGCCGGUACAGCCACUCGAGAGCACUUGGGAUGCAGUAGGACAUGAGAUCAGGCGGGUUAUUGGGAACGGGUAUGUACACGAUAAAACGUCUCGCCCGCAACCUCAAGAAACAGCCGAGGAUCCUGAAAUGGACAUCGACAGGGAGCAAGCUCUGCGAAAUAUGUACACUCGCCUCGUUUUAGCUGCCAAAUCAAAACGAGGCUUGUAUGGAAACGUCCUUGGUGGAUACAAGCUCGGCAAGAGAGAGUUCAUCCCGUAUGAGUUCAUGAAUGAAUACCAGAAACGGCUGUUUGGAAGCGUGCUCAACAACUACAAGUUCGGUAAACGUGUACCGGAAGAGCUGCCGGAAAACUACGUGACAGGCGGACAAAUUUACGACAACUACAGGGAAGACCCUCGUGAAAGGAAACGAGUGUUCGGGGGAGUCCUCGGGGGUUACAAGAUGGGGAAAAGGAAUCUUCUAAACGGUCACCGUGUGAGACGGGUAUGGUAUCCACACCCAUCCUAUCGAAGUGUUUACAACAACGUGAAAACAGACUCCGCGUGAUCUAGUCAAAUCCGCCAUGUUAAUCAUCAGAAUUCAGGGAUUAAAGUGAAAGCAUAGAUACAUAGAUAA